AUGGCAAAUAUGAUGGCGAAUAUGAUGGGUCAAAUGCCGCUACCGCGAUUAACGAAGAUGAAUUACGAGAAUUGGAGCAUCCAAAUGAAGGCUCUUCUUGGUUCUCAAGAUGCAUGGGGGGUGGUCGAAGAAGGCUUCGAAGAACCAAAGAAUAUCAUAGGUUAUACGGCGGCACAAAACAAGGCGUUAAAGGAGUUGCAAUCAAAGGACAAGGCGGCAUUAUACAUGCUGUUCCGAGCCGUUGACAAGUCGAGCUUUGAGAAGAUUGUCAGGGCAACUGCUUUAAAAGAAGCGUGGGACACUUUAGAAAAAGUGUUCAUAGGAACAGACCGAGUCAAGCAAGUGCGUCUCCAAACUCUUCGUGGCAAGUUGGAGAGCCUGAAGAUGAAGGAGUCAGAAAAUAUAUAUGACUGUGGAAAACCAACUAAAUCGAAACGGAGAAAUGUUACCCGAGACACGGAAGAGUCGAAGGACCUAGCAAAAUUCACGGUCGAUGAGCUCGCCGAUUCUCUGGAGGCACACGAGCAACGUAAGAAGAAGAAGGAGGAGACACUCGAUCAAGCACUUCAAACAAAAGCAUCAAUAAAGGAUGAAAAGAGAUUGUCGAGCCGAGGAAAAGGUGGAAGAAACGAUCAACCUAGCUUUGGAGGCGCAGCAAACGAAGACAUUCUCUUGAUGUCUCAAAAUGAAGAGCUGAAAACAAAAGAACACAACGGCGUGAAGGACGAUGGCAGUAGUAGUGAGGCGGUGGAAAUUGUUGGAAAUGAGGAGAAGGAAGAGAAUGGGAAGGUAAUCUUUGAGCUCGUGAAGAAAAUUGAAGAAGAUAUGGAGAAAGAUAAUGGUUUGUUAAUGGAUCUUGAUGCUCUAGUGGAAGAGCUAGUGAGGGAGGAGAAAGAUGUAGAGAUGCUAACUCAACAAAGAGACUCACUCGACGUGAAUCUGAAUCGGGUCCAACACGAGGCAGUGAAUUUACGACACACGGUUGAGAUAAUCACUUGUGAUAAAGCCAUAAUGGAGGAGGCAAAAAUGGAAGUGGAAAAUGUCGUGGUGGACUUGCGAAGGGAAUUGAGCAAACUGAAAGGUCUCAGGUUCGAGUAG